AUGGAGGUUGACCGUUCCAUCAACGUACAAUACAACGUGUCUUCUAUUUUAAAGGCGCAAAAUAACCCUGCCCUGAGCUCAAGGUUUGAAACAGCUCUAGGUAACCUAACCGAUCCAACUAUGGUAACAGAAUUGUACUUCUGUGGAUCGCUAGAGAAACCCAAGCGGCUGCUGCAGAUUUUAUCUGAAGGUUUUACAGAGGAAGAUUUCAUUCAUGGAGAAUUUGGGCGAGGAUUGUAUUUUUCCAAGUAUCCUUCAAAAGCAGCUCAGUUCUCAGUGCUUGGCAAAUUGCUUGAAGUGCGGGUAGGCUUGGGACGCAUAGAAACAGUCAUCAGAUACGACAGGACAAGGAAGGGACCAUCUGAAAGAUAUGACUCUAUUAUUGUACCAGGGCGACUGUUUCACAUGGGAGACCAGGGAGAGUCUGCCAUGCUGUGUCAGGAAUAUGUUGUAUUUAACGUGGACCAAGUGAUGCCUGUCUGCCUGCUCUCCUACACCUAUGUCCCUCGCACAGGUUUCUGA